AUGCAAUUUUCUAAGUCUCUUCUGCUGCUGGCAGCUCUCACCACCGGCACUCUGGCCCGCCCGCAGGGCUUCGAGCGUCGCCAGACUACUGGGACAUCCUCUUCGUCGCCGUCGUCCUCGUCCUCGGGCUCCAACGGUGACUGGACGUCGACGCCGUCCGCCGGCCAGGCCUCGUCCUCCGGCUUCGGCGGCCACACCGACUCCUCGGGCAACGGCGUGACGUACGCCGGCAACGUCGGCAACCCGUAUGGCAGCAACAUCAUUGAGAUUUCGUCGUCGGACGCCAGCAAGUACAAGUACGUUGCGCAGUUCCAGGGCUCCAGCUCGGACGACUGGACCGUCGCCGUCUUCAACAAGUACGGCCCGGACAACAAGAUGGACGGCUGGUACGGCAAUGCCGUCAAGACCUUCUCGCUGGCCGCCGGCGAGACCAAGUACAUUGCCUUCGACGACGACUCGCAGGGCGGCUGGGCCGCCGCCAAGGGCGACAAGAUCCCCACCGACGGCAGCGGCGGCUACGCCUCCACCUGGGGUGAAUUCGACUUCGGCUCGUCCGGUAACUCGGGCUGGUCCGGCUUCGACGUCUCGGCUAUCGCGGCCCAGAAGGCCGGCCUCGAGGUCCAGGGCAUGAAGAUCUGCGAUGCUCUGUCCAAGACUUGCUCUUCCAUCACCCCCAACGCUGCCUCCGUCGACAAUGCCUACACCGCCGCCCAGACCGACGUCGGUGGCAUUGGCGGCAACCUCUCCGGCGAUGCUGUCCGUCUUGCCGUCACCCUGGACUACAGCGGCUAA